AUGAAUGUGAGAGUAGAGAGCUCAAGGAUCAUUAAACCCUCUUACCAAGGCUUUCCUCCCCCAACCACAAUCCACAUUCCCCUAAGUGUCUUCGAUAAGGUCACUUUCGUUACCCAUGUAGCACUAAUCUAUGCCUAUCGUUCCCCAAACCCACCAAAUAUAACCCUAGAGCUAGGGCUUCAAAAAGCCUUAUCAGUCUACAGAGAGUGGGCUGGAAGGUUUGGUGAAGACAAUAAUGGUGGUCCUGUCAUUCUUCUCAAUGAUGAAGGCAUGAGGUUUGUGGAGACAUCGGUUGAUAGCACUCUUGAUCAAGCCAUGCCAUUAAAACCUUCAGAAUCUUUAUUAAGCCUUCUCCCAAGCUUAAAAGGAGUGGUAGAAUUAGUCCAAGUUCAGUUCACAAGGUUCACUUGUGGCUCAUUGGUGCUGGGCUUCACAACACACCACCGUGUGGCUGAUGGGCAUUUCAUAAGCAAUUUCUUGUUUCUCGCUAAGCUUAAGGCCAGAACUUAUUUAAUGAAUGGUGCUAACAAGCCCUAUAACACUUUUGAGAGCCAUGUUGCUCAUCUGUGGAGAGCCAUCACAAAGGCACGUGCCUUAAGUGGGUUUGAAACCACCCACAUAAGAAUCGCAGUCAAUGGCUGCACACGAUUGAACCCUAGAGUACUCGAUGAGUACUUUGGUAACCUUGUGCUCUGGAUAUUCCCAUGCGCCAAGGUGAUGAACCUUUUGGGGGAGCCAUUGCCCUAUGCUACGAAGCUCAUCCACGACGCAGUGGCAAAGGUGAACAACAAUUACUUCAAAUCAUUCAUCGACUUUGCAAGCUACAAGGUGGAAGAAGAAGAUCUCAUUACCACGACUGAUGCGGAUGCUCCUGUUCUAUGCCCUAACUUGGAGGUGAAUUGUUUGAUAAGGCUUCCAUUUUAUGACCUAGACUUUGGAGAAGGACGUCCUUACAUUUCCAUGCCAUCUUAUACCCCAAUCGAGGGCUUCUUGUUUCUUCAGCAAAUUUGGGACAACUUGAUCACCUUAGAGCAAAUUUGCUACUCUAUAGAGUUGUUUGGACCUAAAAUAUAA